CUACGGGAUUGCAAUGGCGGCUUCCUUGUCUGUAAACAUACGCGUUGUGUUUAAGACAGCCGCUGUUGUAAUAUUUUCAGUGACAACCACUGGUCACUUAUUUUCUGAGCUACUCACCCACCCGGCUGUGGACCUGAAGCGCUAAACUAUAUGUGUGUGAUUUUGCUUUUUAGUCCAUUAUUAACACGUGGGAGUUUUUUCGCGGCGUGGGCCCUGUUUCAGGGCAGAAACGGAGAGCUCACAGGCUAAACAAGGCUAGCUACUCAAUUCAAGAUUAUGGAUGACGAUGUGUCCAUGCACAGGCUGGAAGGGACGGAUCCGUCUGUUCAAGUCGGUGGACUGAUAGUCAAGAAGAAGAGUGCUGCUGCAGAGCCCCAUGUUUUCCGGGCACCGACUCCACGCACAUCCUUACUUGGCUUGGAUCGUCUGGCUGCUCAGAAAAGAAAAGAACGUGAGAGUAAGGAACAAUCUGAUGGUGGCGGAGAUGACGGAAGUACAAAGAAGUCAAAAGUUUCUUCUUACAAGGACUGGGAAGAAGGGAAGAGUGACUCCGGGUCUGAUGAAGAAGAUGAUGAUCAAAACCAAAAUACUAAGAAGGAGAGCAGGAAGUAUCGUGUGACCGGCUCAGAGACUCCCUCAAAUCCUGGAGGUGUCAGUGAGGAGUUUCGACGCAGACACCAGCAGAGAGAGAGAGACAGACGAGAGCAUGGAGUCUACGCCUCCUCCAAAGAGGAGAAGAACAGAGACCGAGACAAAGACAGAGACAGAGAAAGAAGCAAAGAUAAAGGAAGGGACCGAAGAAGUGAAAGAGAUGAGCGUGAGGGCAGCCGCAGCCGUGGAAGCAGCAGCAGUCGGUCAGAGCGUUCAGAACGAGGUGAGAGGAGCGAUCGAUCACAGAGAGACAACUGGUCCGAACGAAUCAGCCGAGGGACUAAGAGAGACGAACCUCAGACACCACAGCAUCAUCCUAGAGAUUCUUUCACACCCUCACGCUCCAACUGGGACGAGGAUGACAGUGGUUAUUCUAGUUCAAGACACUCACAGUGGGAAUCUCCAUCACCAGCCCUCUCCCACAGAGAGUCAGAUCGCUCAGACAGAAGUCAUCGCUCUGGUAGAGAGAGUGAGAGGAGAGACAGGUCCGUCAGAGGCCGAUAUCCCGAUGACACACCCUUGCCCACCCCAUCAUACAAGUACAACGAGUGGGCCAAUGACAGAAAACAUUUGGGCUCUACACCUCGUUUAUCACAAGGAAAAAGUAGGAAAGAUGAAGGCGAGGGAGGAAUCUUAUUUGACAAUGAGGACGAGAAAGAGCAGUGGCAGGAGGACCAAAAGCAAGCUGACAGAGACUGGUACAUGAUGGAUGAAGGCUAUGAUGAGUUCCACAAUCCAUUCACCUCUACCUCUGAUGAAUAUGUGAAGAAAAGAGAGCAGAUCCUUCAGAAGCAGACUCAAAAGAGAAUUUCUGCUCAGAAACGGCAAAUCAAUGAGGAUAAUGAGCGGUGGGAGACCAACCGUAUGCUGACUAGUGGGGUGGUGCAGAGGCUGGAGGUAGAUGAAGACUUUGAGGAGGACAAUGCUGCCAAAGUUCACCUGCUAGUUCACAACCUGGUCCCUCCCUUUCUGGAUGGAAGAAUAGUCUUCACAAAGCAGCCAGAGCCUGUCAUCCCUGUCAAAGAUGCUACCUCUGACAUGGCCAUCAUCUCUCGCAAAGGCAGCCAGCUUGUCCGAAAACAUCGAGAGCAGAAAGAACGCAAAAAGGCACAGCACAAACACUGGGAGCUGGCAGGGACUAAGCUGGGGGACAUCAUGGGGAUCAAGAAGACAGAGGAAGCAGAUAUGUCUGGGGGCCAACCAGUCGGUGAGGAUGGUAAAGUGGACUACAGAGCGGAGCAGAAAUUUGCAGACCACAUGAAAGAAAAGUCUGAAGCCAGCAGUGAGUUUGCAAAAAAGAAGAGUCUUCUGGAGCAGAGACAGUACCUGCCAAUUUUUGCUGUCAGACAGCAACUUUUAAACAUUAUAAGGGACAACAGCAUAGUGAUUGUUGUUGGAGAGACAGGCAGUGGGAAGACGACCCAGCUGACUCAGUACCUGCAUGAGGACGGUUACACGAGCUACGGCAUGGUUGGAUGUACACAGCCCCGAAGAGUGGCAGCCAUGAGUGUGGCCAAGAGAGUCAGUGAAGAGAUCGGCACUAACCUGGGAGAGGAGGUGGGCUAUGCAAUACGUUUUGAGGACUGCACAUCUGAGAAUACACUGAUCAAGUACAUGACGGACGGUAUCUUGCUCAGAGAGUCACUGAGAGAGUCAGACCUGGACCACUACAGUGCUGUUAUCAUGGACGAGGCUCAUGAACGCUCCCUGAAUACAGAUGUGUUGUUUGGCCUGUUACGUGAGGUUGUAUCCCGACGCACUGAUUUAAAACUCAUCGUUACUUCUGCAACCAUGGACUCAGACAAGUUUGCAGCAUUUUUUGGCAACGUACCCAUUUUCCACAUUCCAGGAAGAACAUUUCCAGUUGACAUCUUGUUUAGCAAGACCCCUCAGGAGGACUAUGUGGAGGCAGCAGUGAAGCAGGCUCUGCAGAUCCACCUCAGUGGGCUAAUAGGAGACAUCCUCAUCUUUAUGCCCGGGCAGGAGGAUAUUGAGGUGACUUCUGAUCAGAUUGUGGAGCGGUUGGAAGACUUGGAGAAUGCUCCUCCUCUGGCAGUGCUGCCUAUUUACUCCCAGUUGCCCUCUGAUCUUCAAGCCAAGAUCUUCCAGAAGGCUCCAGAUGGUGUGAGGAAAUGCAUCGUUGCUACAAACAUUGCCGAGACCUCCCUCACUGUGGAUGGAAUCAUGUUUGUCGUGGAUUCGGGAUACUGCAAACUAAAGGUUUUCAAUCCUCGUAUUGGAAUGGAUGCUCUCCAGGUUUAUCCUAUCAGCCAGGCUAAUGCCAACCAGCGCUCUGGCAGAGCAGGACGUACAGGGCCAGGGCAGUGUUACAGGCUCUACACUCAGAGCGCCUUCAAGAAUGAGAUGCUCACUACCACCAUACCAGAGAUCCAGAGGACCAACCUGGCCAAUGUAGUCCUGCUGCUGAAGUCUCUGGGUGUUCAGGAUCUUCUCCUGUUCCACUUCAUGGAUCCACCACCUGAGGACAACAUGCUCAACUCCAUGUACCAGCUCUGGAUCCUGGGAGCUUUAGACAACACAGGUGCUUUAACACCUACGGGACGUCUUAUGGUGGAGUUUCCCCUCGACCCCGCCCUCUCUAAGAUGCUGAUUGUUUCCUGUGACAUGGGCUGCAGCGCUGAUAUCCUCAUUAUUGUGUCCAUGUUGUCUGUGCCAGCCAUCUUCUACAGACCAAAGGGCCGUGAGGAAGAGAGUGACCAGGUUAGGGAGAAGUUUGCAGUCCCAGAGAGCGACCACCUCACCUACCUCAAUGUCUACAUGCAGUGGAAGAACAACAACUACUCCAGCGUGUGGUGCAACGAGCAUUUCAUCCACACUAAGGCCAUGCGCAAGGUGCGUGAGGUGCGUUCCCAGCUAAAGGACAUCAUGGUGCAGCAGAGGAUGAACCUGAUUUCUUGUGGGUCAGACUGGGACAUCAUCAGAAAGUGCAUCUGUGCUGCUUACUUCCACCAGGCUGCCAAGCUCAAGGGCAUCGGUGAAUAUGUUAACGUGAGGACAGGCAUGCCAUGUCACCUCCAUCCUACCAGCUCCCUGUUCGGUAUGGGUUACACCCCAGACUACAUCAUCUACCAUGAGCUUGUCAUGACAACCAAGGAGUACAUGCAGUGUGUCACAGCAGUGGAUGGAGAGUGGCUGGCAGAGCUGGGGCCAAUGUUUUACAGCAUCAAACAUGCAGGACGGAGCAGACAGGAGAACCGCCGUCGGGCCAAGGAGGAGAUCACCAACAUGGAGGAGGAGAUGUCCCUGGCUGAGGAGCAGCUGCGGGCACGUCGAGAGGAGCAGGAGAAGAAGAACAACAGCACUGGUGUUAAGGGAGUGAAAAUCUACACACCAGGGAGGAAAGAACAAGCACCCAUGACACCUAGACGCACCCCUGCCCGCUUUGGACUGUAGAAGAAGGACCGUAAACCUCUUCCUGGACACCAACACAUGAAACAAGUUCCACCUGCCUUCUGUUGCUCCCAGUGUGAAGGCAACCACCUGCAGUUCCUGCUCCUACCACUAGAGUGAGAACUUGUAUAAGGCACAAGACUGAAACAAGCGUCAGGUCCCUCACACUGCCCCCUCCACUUAAAAAAAAAAAAAACACAAUAAUUCUUUAUACAAUGUGAUGAAAAAAGGACAACUGUGUUUCUGUAUAUAUUUCAGUUUAUAGUUAGUGUUGUUGCAAUAAUUUUAUUUGAUAUAGAAAUGAUUCAUGUAUGUUGAUUCAUGUAUGUUGCACUUUUCACUACUCUUGAGAAUACUCUCAGACAGAUAGGGAUCUGAUUUCAGUGUUUUUUCUUUUUUGGGUCUUUGCAUUUGUUCCUCUUUUCGCCGUUGUGCCAUGACGGGCUCCUCUACAGACUGAAGCUCUACUCUGACGUUGCUUGUGGCACAAGUGUCUUCAAAUUUUUGUCAUCUUGUAAACACCGAACAUGCAGACUUGGCCAGCUGACCCUUUUCUCCCUCCCGUCACCUUGUUUCAACAAUAAUCCGCAGCAGAUUUGCUUUAUACAAACAUCAACAUGCAGGAACAUUUCAGCGGCUUUAUUUUUAUAGUCCUUGUGUUGAAAAUAGCACGCAGCAGCUUCCUUUGAGUUUUUUUCUCUAAACAAAUGUUUGCAAAUGUGUCUUUUAAACAGGUAAAUUUAUUUGUAGACGUGCGCCCUGCUCUGCCCUCUCGGCUGAUGAGAAUAUCACGCAGCUUCAGAUAGACCGGCCUAUCUGCAGCAGAACAGUUUAUAGGAGGCCAUGUUUGUAGUGACACAGGCUGUUUUGUCUUUUUAUUAAACACAGAUCUGAGGCAGCAGGACGACUGCUAAUGGACUUUUUUUUCCUCUCGACAUCUUUUGUAAAUGAACAAAUAAAUGUUUGCUAUUUUUUAAA